AAUUAGUUUAUGUGCACAGUGCGCAUGCGUGACUCAGAGAUUUUGCUACGUUGUGACUCAUUUGUGUCCGUAACAGCUGGCGGUUUGUUGGUGAGAUACAGAUACCGCAAACACGGACUUCCUGUGGGACAAGCGCACCGGCUUGGCUGCGAGAACGAUGCCGCAUUCAAGAAGGUACCGUUCUUCAGAAAGGGGCAGCAGAAAUAGUUAUGAGCGUUACAGAAGCCGAAAACAUAGACGGAGAAGAAGCAGAUCCCGAACAAGUAGCAGUGAUAGAACACGUGAUCGGAGACGCCGGCACAGUGACAGCUACCAUGAAAGAUCUCGAAGUUAUGAAAACAGAUCUUCUGAUAGAAGAGCUUCAGACAGAAGAGCCUAUGACCGGAGGCACUGUGACUACAGGAGAAACUACAGCAGGGAUAGAGAAGACGUAUACUACAACACAGAGUAUAGUCGGUCUUAUGACUACAAGCGAUCCCAUGAGGACAGCUAUAGGAGCUGCAAGAGCAGCCGUCGCAAGCAGAAGCGGAGAAAGCGUAGAACCAGGUCUUUUAGCCAGUCCUCAUCGAGAAGUCGCCAGAGCAGCAGGCGAGCCAAGAGUGUGGAAGACGACCAGGAGGGCCAUCUGAUCUAUCACGGCGGCGACUGGCUACAAGAAAGAUAUGAAAUUAUUAGUACUCUGGGUGAAGGAACAUUUGGGCGAGUGGUUCAGUGUGUAGAUCAUCGGAGAGGUGGAUGUAGAGUAGCACUGAAAAUCAUCAAAAAUGUGGAGAAGUACAAAGAAGCUGCACGACUGGAGAUAAAUGUCCUAGAGAAAAUAAACGAGAAGGACCCAGACAACAAACACCUUUGUGUACAGAUGUUUGACUGGUUUGACUUUCAUGGUCACAUGUGUAUCUCCUUUGAGCUGCUUGGCCUGAGUACCUUUGACUUCUUGAAGGAGAACAACUAUUUUCCAUACUCCAUCCACCAAGUCCGACACAUGGCCUUCCAGGUGUGCAAGGCUGUAAAAUUUCUUCAUGACAAUAAGCUAACCCACACUGACUUGAAGCCGGAGAAUAUUUUAUUUGUGAAUUCAGAUUCAGAACCCACUUACAGUUUGGAAAAGAAAGAUGAGAGGAGUGUAAAAAACACAGAGAUCAGGAUUGUGGAUUUUGGCAGCGCCACUUUUGAUCACGAACAUCACAGCACAAUUGUUUCAACAAGACAUUAUCGAGCACCAGAGGUUAUCUUGGAGCUUGGUUGGAACCAGCCAUGUGAUGUUUGGAGUAUCGGCUGCAUCGUAUUUGAGUAUUAUGUGGGAUUCACACUUUUCCAGACUCAUGACAACAGGGAGCAUUUAGCCAUGAUGGAAAGAAUUUUGGGCCCUGUCCCAACACGAAUGGUGCGGAAAACCAGAAAACAGAAGUACUUCUACCAUGGUCGUUUAGAUUGGGAUGACAGCACAUCUGCAGGCCGAUAUGUAAGGGAGAAUUGCAAACCUCUAAGGCGGUACAUGAUAUCUGAAACCGAAGAACAUCAACAACUUUUUGACCUGAUUGAAUGCAUGUUGGAUUAUGAGCCGUCUAAGCGAAUCACGUUAACGGAGUCUUUAAAGCACCCAUUUUUUGACCCAUUUAAAUCAGAAUCUGCUGCAAAACACUGGGACACUUGCAGGGACAUUAGCCGAUGAGGAUUCGUCCUACAUUUUGCACCUAUCUUCUUGCUCGGAGAUUAAUUUAUAACCAAAUAUGGUGCUCUAAUACUUGCAUUUUAAUUAAAUGAACUGAACUUUUCUAUACAAUACUGUUAAUAUGUGAGAUAAUAUUCUAUAAAUAUAUAUAUAUAUAUAUUCAUAUUCUGUAAAUGAGUGAAGGAUGGCUGUGGGAGCAGCUUGUACAGUGGCUGACAUGUAAAUAUACUUGUAAAAUUAUUGCUUGUUUUCUUGUAACUUGCCUCCCUUGUGCUCCUCCUUGUAUGAGAAGGAAGUGGGAGUCUGUGGGGCCAGUGCUGGUCCUGUUUCUCUGUCAGUGUUAGGUGGGGGCAUGAUAUUUCUGGAGGAUGGUCCUGCAAGGUAUCUUCCAGUGUUUUUUUUAUAAGGUUUUGUACAGUAUUUGUGAGAAAUAAACCUAAUGUUUGUAUGUGA